CAAUCUACGACCACAGAGUCAGCUGAGAUGAUCGACUGUUGGUGCUAAACCCUAAUUCUUCUGACGUUUGAGAAGUGGUGCUAGAUGCUUAUUUGAUAGUUGGCAGGGGUAGCAGUAAACAGCUUCUCCUUCUUGUUGGUGAGUGGUCCUCUCUGUUUUGCAGUGGAGGGCUUCACACUCACAGCUAGUGUGGCUGGAUGCAUCACACAGCAGAACAGUUCACCGGGUGCAGCACACGGGACCCUUUUCCUCUGGAUGGACUCAACCGGGGACCAUGGGCUCCCGUGAGCAGCCGUGCCUGGCCACCUCCCUCCAGGUGCUUACCAGGUGUCAAUCAGCACCAGUUCCUCACCCAUAUGCCACCUAGUCACAUGACUGGGCUAAAUCAUCCUAGUAAAUUCUUAAACAAUGGUCCCCUACAUCGAGGAGAUAAGCAAGGCCUGUCUCAGGCUUUGUUGCCAGGAAUACAAAGGAUACCCCCUGCUCCUCCCAGGCCUUGGGAACCAACCAGAACUGGCCAGGGAUAUGAGCCAUUGCCUGGUGAUAAUCACAACCGACUGCACAAUGGCUACAACGCAGGACCUCCUGCACACCUCACAGCUCGAGCCAGUCAGCUACUGAAGUAUGGUGCUCCUCAUCCUCAGCUCAUGCCUUCAUUCCCUGAUAUGUGGACUCAACCUCAGACUCAGCAGCAACCCAGGGGACCUCAUUCUCAUUCUGGACAGUUAAAACGACCUGGGCUCCCUCUUGGAGAGCACUCUGUCAUUCAGCAUACCCCUGCUCCAUCUCUGCACCGGCCCAUGGAGGACUGCCCCAGUCCGAACAAGAGAAAGAAGAGCUCUGGGUCUGAACAGAUGCCUCAUUCCGCCAUGCAGCGCAUAUCCGGACCGCCUGUACAUUUGAAUCAGCAGCCACCCUCCAACUACCCCCCACCAAAACCUAGCUUUUGGAACCCAUUGCACAGAGGUGGAGCACCCUGGAACCCGAAUGAACACAAAAGCGGACCCAUUGAUUUCCAGGAUUCAGCUAAGUCAGGAAUUGGAAGCUUCCCCUAUAUCCCCUAUAAACUGCCUCCAUCACAGCCACCUCCCCUCACCCCCCAGACAGAAUAUGCCCGUGAGAAGCAAAGGCAAAGAGAGAAAUGGAAGAGUGGCGCACCGUUUCAGAAUUCCACUGGGAAUCCCACAUACCCCUCAGAGUCAGGUCUCAUCAGCCCCUCCGACAGCCACACCAUGCAAUUGAAACCUGACCCAUCCAAAGAUGUCAAAAUGUUGAAAACCUCUCAUAAUGCUGAGAUUAUAAAUGCAAUUCCCAACCCUCCACCCCUGCGAGAGCCACCCAAACUUUACCAGGCUUUCCCCAAGGAUGUUCGCUCUUCAUGCACACCUAUCAGCACGACUACAAGCAGCCUUCAAAAACAUAUGCCCAGUACAGGACUUGGUAGUUUGGGUAGCAGUUCUAGAAGUUGCAGUGGUGACUCUGAUGGUGCCCAAUUUGAGGAGGAAACUUCUGAGCUCUUGCCUGAUGGAUUGGCUAAUAUUAUGAAGAUGCUGGAUGAGUCCAUCAGGAAAGAGGAGGAGUUGUAUUCUGGCCAGAGUGGAGAACAGGCAGUACUGAAACCUCUGUUUUCUACAAAUGUGGCACCUAUUAAGAGUUAUUUGUGUGCACCAGACCUCAUGCCUGCCCUAAAGCAAUCUCCAACUGAGGGUUAUCAGCCAGAUGGCCAUGCAAGCCCACCUGUGUUAAGUCGGCAAGGUUCACUGGCAUCUCCUUGUAGUCGUACUUCUUCACUUGAGGAAGAAGAGGAGGUUCUUAAGGUCAUUCCCAAGCCUGCAAAUUCCAUUAGCAUGCAGUCUCAAGAAAGCAAUCUUGCCACAACAGGAACCAAUUAUCGCCAUAGUGACCUGGCCAAGCUGUAUGGCCUUCCAGAGGUAGAGAAAAGUGAGUGUGAGGAUGAUGAAGAAGAAGCAGAUCAGGAUGAAGAUGAAACUCCAUCCUGUUCACCACCACCACAACGGCCACACCUCCAUCAGACAGGUGUGAACGGCAUGUUUAAAAACCUUGCGUCUGUACUUGAGAGCCAGAAGUACACCUACCGAGGUGGACCCUUUGGUCGUCCUCCUCCCUCUGCUUUUAUGGGAGUGAAGUACUCUUCAUCUCUUUCUCUGGAGCCUGACAUUUGCAGACAACAACAACAAAGCACUUCUCCCACAUCAGGUUCAUCCAAUCACCCAGGUUUCAGCAGUCCAACGCAUCCCUCUGCCAUUAGUAACUCAGGACAGCCCUGUCCCCUCUCACCUACAGAUUGGGCAUCAGAGAGGAAGAGAGGGGAUACGAUUAGCCAGUCAGAUUUUUUGGGCAAUGAUGAUGAGGAAGAUAUUUCAGAGGAAUCCACAGGAGUGAAGGAUUCUGGAACUGUGAAAGACUUGUUUAAAAAUCGACCUAUACUGACCACCAUCUCAGAGUCUUCACUAGCGGAGCUUGGUCAUAGCUAUGAGGUGAACAAACACAUACUCCCUCAAAGGCAGAGCUCUAAGGCAGAGUCACAGGAGACAUGCAAACCUGAUAAAGAAAAGGACCGACACCGAGACAGAGAACGAGAGAGGAAACACAAACACCGUAGCAGUAGCAAAAAACAUGAGGACAGGAAAGAGAGAAAGAAAAAGCACAGAGAAAGACACGAGGAUGCGUCUCUUUCCUCAUCCUCAUCUUCCAGCUCCAGUCGACGGCACAAGGAUGGAAAGUCACACAAGGAAAAAAAGAGCAGGCAGGUACUGGGUAACCUGGACCUUCAGAGUAAGGAGUUUAGGGAGAAGGAACAAGACCGUGACGGAGACAAGAAAAGAAGGAAGGAGGAAUGUAGCCAACCCCAGAGUGAAGGAGAAGAGUGGGCACGCAGUAAAGACGAGGGCGCCAGCUCUGGACGUUCGUCUGAUCUCCCAUCAGCUUCUUCAGCAUUAUGUUCUGAUGACUUUCAGAAACUGAAAGCACUGACAGAUGGGCCACCCAAAGAACUGAAGAUACGCCUCAUAAAGGUGGAGAGUGGGGACAGGGAGACAUUUAUUGCUUCAGAGGUAGAGGAGAGAAAGAUUCCUCUGGAGGAAAUCACCAUAAAGAACACAGCUAGUGAAAUCGUCAGAGCCUGCAAGGGGGCUCGCGUGAAGGGGAAAUUUAAGGAAUCGUUCCUCCUACCUGCCCUCUCUGUUAAACCAGUUUUGAGCACAGAACUGCCCAUCCCUCGAGAGAAACUCAACCCCCCCACACCUAGCAUCUAUUUGGAAAGUAAAAGAGAUGCAUUCUCUCCGGUCCUGCUACAGUUCUGCACGGAUUCUAAGAACCCCAUUACUGUCAUCCGGGGAUUAGCUGGCUCCCUUAGAUUAAAUCUUGGUCUGUUUUCCACAAAAUCAUUGGUGGAGGCAAAUGCGGAGCAUGCAGUAGAGGUCCGGACCCAGGUCCAGCAGCCAGCCGAUGAGAACUGGGAUCCCAGCGGCACUGGCCAGACCUGGCCCUGCGAAAGCAGCAGGUCGCAUACAACAAUUGCCAAGUAUGCCCAGUACCAGGCCUCCAGCUUCCAAGAGAGCUUACAGGAAGAGAAGGGCAGUGAUGACGAGGAUGAUGAUGAUGAAGAUGAUGAGAAAUCAGCCACUAACUCUGAGAAUACAACCAGUAGCUCCUCAGCUCCCAGCUCCAGUUUAGAGCAGAAAACUGUGGGGAAGAUAAUAAAAUUUGGCACCAACAUUGACCUGUCCGAUCCAAAAAGAUGGAAGCCUCAGCUGCAGGAACUGCAGAAGUUGCCGGCGUUUAUGCGUGUGUCCUCCAGUGGGAAUAUGCUGAGUCAUGUUGGCCACACCAUUUUGGGAAUGAAUACAGUGCAACUCUACAUGAAAGUCCCUGGCUGCCGCACACCAGGACACCAGGAGAACAAUAACUUCUGUUCCAUAAACAUCAAUAUUGGACCUGGAGACUGUGAGUGGUUUGCUGUUCAUGACAACUACUGGGAGGCCAUCAGUGAUUUCUGUGUAAAGCAUGGAGUCGACUACCUGACAGGAUCAUGGUGGCCGGUUCUGGAUGACUUGUACCGCGCUAACAUCCCUGUGUACCGGUUCAUCCAAAGACCAGGAGACCUGGUAUGGAUCAACGCAGGCACUGUACACUGGGUUCAGGCCGUGGGCUGGUGCAACAACAUUGCUUGGAAUGUGGGGCCCGUCAACUCUUAUCAGUACCAGUUGGCUUUAGAGAGAUUUGAGUGGAACGAAGUGAAGAAAGUCAAAUCCAUCGUUCCCAUGAUUCACGUAUCCUGGAACGUGGCACGGAACGUCCAAGUCACUGACCCAGACACUUACAAGAUGAUCAAACACUGUCUCCUCCAGUCUAUUAAGCACAUUCAGAUUCUGAGAGACCAGCUGGUGGCAGGAGGAAAGAAGAUUUCCUACCAGAGCAGAGUGAAGGAUGAGCCGGCCUACUACUGUAACGAGUGUGAUGUGGAGGUGUUUAACCUGCUGUUUGUGACCAGUGAGAAUGGCAGUCGGAAGAUGUAUGUGGUGCACUGUGAGGACUGUGCACGACAACGCAACCCAAACCUCUCCAAUGUAGUAGUGCUGGAGCAAUGCCGCAUGGAGGAGCUCAUGAGCGUUUAUGACUCUUUCAGCCUGACUACCAGUUCCAGCUCCCGAUGAGGACGUCUCAGCCCUUGCCCUCACACAGCCAUAACCAAAACUCCUGUUCGCAGGACGAGAUCUUUUAUUUUAGUCCAGUUAAGACUUAAAACAUUUACCGUUGGGGGAAACAAAAUACUACUGUUAAUAUUUGUUGAACAGCCAAUCGAGAACCAGUUUACUCAGCAUUGUUUACAGAACCAAUCAGCCAAUAAAUUCUGUCGGUUUUGUGUACCAACCCCUGUAUGGCUCUGCGGGACUUCAAGCGGAAUGCAGUUUGGUGCUGUCAUGGCGUACAGCGGCAGAGUUGCCGAGAUCCUGUCCAUUUGGUUCUUAAUUUUUUUUUUCUCUCUCUCUCUUUUUUGGGGAUAUUGAAUACCGAAAUGUGUAAAUGCUCUUUGUAUUUUUCGUGGGUGCUUUUUUCUUCAAUAAUUUAUUCUUUUUAAACCUAGAACAGCCUAGAUAUAUACCACAUUGGCCUUGUGACUUGUAUUUAGUGAAGAGAUAAAAAUUAAUAAUACUAAUAAUAGAGCUAUGGACAUUUUUCUAAAGCAUUAAGAAUUAAAAGAAAUACAGUUGUUCAGAAUGCUUCAAAACAUACGGGUUUUAAAAGACUUUUUCAGUUUCAGUACAGAAUCGGUUUAUAUCAUCAUUUUUAAUCCAUUUUUCUCCUGCAUUUUGUGAGUAUAAUUGUUCAGUUUCAUCGGUUCUGUUCAGUGAAUUGUUUCUCACCUCUUUCUCUUUGAUUUUUUUUUUAAAUUGUACAUUUAUUUAAAAUGUUCUAUUUAUUGGAUAUAAAAUGUUCUCCCCUGCCUCAACUUGGUUAUCAGAGAUGUAUUAUGGGUUUCUAUUGUUAGUCUAAAUCCUCUGUAAGAUUUCAAGGGUGCUGAUUUCAAGCUUUGAGUUUUGGUGCUUGCCCCUUUAAAUAGCUUUCCUGUCUAUAUAUUAUUAAAUAUCUCAUAACUGACUCUGUCCAUGUAGAUUGUAGAGCACAGAGAAGUUGUCUGUUAUACACAAAUGUUUAGACAGUUUUCCUCACGUAUGUUAACAGGUGAUCACUGUUAUAUAUUUGAACACCUGCUCACGUGCCCGUUUCUUUUGAACAAAUAAAAGAAAGAUUAAAUACAGGGGCCAUGUUCAUAUGAAUGCUCAGAAUAGACCUGUGCUCUUGGAAUCUCUUCUUUUGUUUUUGACUAAGAUGGUGACUAGGACUGAUUCUGAGCCUAGAUUAGCAGCUAUUCUGUCAUGAAUAAAAUCUGGCUAACGUCUGUUUUUGAUACUCUUACACGUUCAGUGGUGCUUCUGUCCUGUUGUAAAUGCGGUUUGUUUGAGGACACAGUUGCCGUGCUGAACACAGCAGGCAUAAUCUUUCUAUAUACACAGUAUACAGUAAUUGGCUGCAGUGGGAUAUCAUACUGUAAGGCCAAAAAUCACAUUGAACUGUAAAUUGCGGCAUUUUACUGGAAUGAGUAACAGUGUGAAAGGGGAUUUAAUGCAUUGUUUUUGAUUUAUAUACUGUAAUUUGUUACAGCUUUAGAAGCGUUAGCGUGACAAUUCAUGUAUUAUCAGGAAAAUGGUUUUGAUUAUGAUAUAGAUGGUGCUGAGUUCUUCUCGACCUACUCAAUUUUUUUUAAGAAAUAUUUUUCCUGUUGCAAUAUACACACUUUCCUCUUUUUAUUUUUGUGGUUAUUUAAAAUCUGCACUGUUUUGGAAUUCACACACGAAGCAAACUGAGCCAGACAUGUCUUAAACACUUUGUGAAUUCGUGUGUCAUUGAUAUGAUUACUCUGAAUAAUAUUAAAUGCUUUUGAUAAACUUU